UUUGGCUGGUCUUCUUUCUUGGUGUAGCAAAGGAUUUUUAUUCUACAAGUUUUUGAUCUUGCACCGUAAUGCAUUGAUUCCGACCGCUAAAAGGUGAAUUAACAAACCCAUCCGACAACAUACAACUUGCUUAAAUCAGCUUGACACAUUUUGACAUUGCCUAAUCCACUUGUAUGUUGUAUAUCUUAUCACGGAGGUGUGGUCUGGAAUUUAAGUCAAAGGAUCCACUCCCAUACAAAAAAUAUUAUUUCAAGGAAAAGAUGCAAUAAGAGAAAGAAUCAGAGGCACUAAUCAUGCCUGGAUUAAAAGAAGUAUUUUGAAGAAGAAGAAGGAUCAUAAUUAAGAACUGUUACGUGUAACUUUAAUUUUCUUCAAUUUAUUCUACCCUUUUAUCACUUUAUUGCAUUUCUGUUGUUUCAUAGUGAGAAAAAGAAAAGAAAACAUACUUGAAAUUUUUAAUGGAUUAUCAGAUGAUCAAUAAUAACAACAAUAUGAUAGAAGAAGAAGAUACCGUAAUCGUUGGCGCAGGAAUCGCGGGGCUUGCAACAUCUUUAGGACUACACAGAAUCGGUUUGAAAAGUUUGGUGUUGGAGAAUUUGAGGGUAACAGGGUUUGCAUUCACAACAUUCACUAACGCUUGGAAGGCUUUGGAUGAUCUUGGCAGACUAGUGGCUACUUCUACAAUUUCCGGAAUUCCUACCUCACACACGUCAUUUACAGACCCUCAAGGAAAUUCACCACAAGAACAUGAAAUUCGGUGCGUUGGGAGGAAAGUACUGCUCAAACACUAGCAAAUGAACUUCCACAAGGCACCAUUAGAUUUUGUUCUAAGGUUGUGUCAAUUGAAGAACAGGGGUAUGCUAAACUGAUUCACCUAGCAGACGGAUCUGUCAUCAAGACUAGGGUAUUAUUAUAAGGACAACUCCUGUGUGUGCGCGCUUUAUACAUGUGAAGAUAUGUAUGCGUUUAAUCACUACUAGUAACCCAACCCCGAAUUCCAUUUUUUUAGGUCUUAAUUGGGUGUGAUGGAGUGAACUCAGUGGUAGCAAAAUGGCUAGGACUUCAAGAGCCAGUUUUCGCUGGGCGGACAUCAAUCCGGGGCCAUGCUGUUAUCAGCGAGAACGAGGGUCACUGUUUUGGCCCCACAUUCUUGCAAUUCUUUCGUGAUGGCUGUCGCUCAGGUUUCCAGCCAGUCAACCAAAACACAAUAUAUUGGUUUUUCACACAUGCUCACUCAAUAUUACCUCGUGAGCCAUUGAUUGAUCGUACCAAAAUCUGACAGUUUAAGAAAUUGAUAGGUGUUGUAAGCACCUUAAUUAUUGUCUAUUGUUUAUGCUUUCUUUACGAGUUUUUAUGUAAGUUAUAUAUCUUAUGUUUGUUUUUGAGGGUAUUAGAUGCAAUUGAAUCAUUAUGCGCAAGAGAAGGAGAAAACGUCCAUUUAGAGCGUGAAAGCAAAAAGCUCAAUUCACUGGCGAGUGAUAUUUGGAGCAGGCUAGGUUGGGCAAGGAGGAGCUGAAUAAUGAAUUCUCAGUUUCGCAUAAUGGACAGAACAAGAAGAGUACUGGAUGGUCCAUAUUGAUAUGUUGGGUGCCUACAGAAGUUUUGGCUAUUACCGACACCUGGAAUUGAGAGAAUGAUCAUUCCCCAACUCAGAGAGAAAAGAAAUGGCAGCUCCAUUAGAAUUCAGAUGGAAAUGGAGAUCGAGAGAUUGAUGAGGUUCACAGUGAAAUGAGCUAUACGGAUUCGUAUUAGGGUAAAAUCAAACGGGUCUUUGAACUGAAUCUCAGAAACAAGGAAGGAAUUAGGUUGUAAUUUGAAAUUGAGAACUGCAGAUAGGGUUUUGAUUUGUUUCUGAAAUUGAAGAACGAGCAGUAACAGUUGAGUCUGGAUCGAGACAUGGCAAAGAAUGGCUUAAGUUUCAAUCUGUGUAUAAAAGACAUUGAGAUCGAGAAGAGCUGAUGGAUUCUGUUGAAGACGAUGAAAGGGGAAGAUCCAGUUGAGCAAUUAGGGGGUUUAUGUGAAUCGAUGUUGCUGAGUACAGAGAAGAUGAAGAAGCUGAUGUUGUUCAAUGAUGGUACUGACUUGAGAUUGAAGGGGGUUUGCUCUGAUUUUGAAAGCAACAGGAAGAAUUCAAGAGUCUGAUGUUUCUGAGAUGAAGUGAUAGCUAGUGCAACAAUUGGUGGAUGUUUACAAAGGGUUUUGUAGUGAAGAUUACAGGGAAAGCUGAGAGGAACAAGGCAGUGGUGAUAAAAGAUGAUGGAGGCAGUACUGGUGGAGCAGUUGAAGACUGGUGGAACUGAUGCUAUAGAGCUAAUGGGUACUGUGGGAGCUGUGUAGUUAUGGAUGAUUGGAGUUUUCGCAGUGCAGGUGAGUUAAUGUUUCCGCUCAGAUGGCAGGCGAACAAGAAGCUGCUAAUGCAUAUGGUGGUACUGUACAAGUUCAGUCUUUAUUUGGCUGAAGUCUGGUAGGUAUUGCUGGUGAAGGUUAUGAUGUUGGCUAGAGAUAAUGGGACUGCAGGAGUGAAACUAUGGCUUGAGUGGUUGUAUGAAUGGAUGCAAGUGGUUUGAGCUAUUGAAGCAACAGAAAUGGCAGAGAAAUAAGUGGAUGUGCAGGUUGGAUAUAUUUAGAUGAAUGUUUAGGACAGGGUAUAUGCAAAUGAGAUUUGAAGCAGGCAGUGAUUCUGGAGCUGUUGUUUGAGUUGAGCUGUAUGCAGUAGAGAACCAGAAAUGCAAUGCAGGGAAAGAGAGCUGAUGAUUGUUUCCUGUCAUGAAUGAAUUGGCAGAAAGCAAUGCUGGCCAUGGGCAGAUAAUAUGUAUUGCAGUGGUGGAGCUGUCGGAGGACAAGAUGGCCGAGCUAUGGGGAGCUGAAUUGCAGGAAGCGAGAAAUGAUGCGGAUGAUCAUAAGGUGCUGAUGUUCAAGGUGCAGCUAUGGUGCUGUUGAAAUGCCGGAAUCAGUAGAUGUGGCUGCUGUUCAGUUGAGCCGGGAGGAGCUAGAGCUGCAGAAUAUGGCAUUGGCUGUGAUCUGAGAGGGAAUGGCUCUUGUGGAUGAACUCAGGGAGAUGAGGAAAUGAACUGGUGCUUGUGAAGAUGCAGUGGUGCUGCUACUGGUGAUGUGGUGGUGCAGAUAAGGAAUUGGAGAUACUAUGGAGUACUGGUGGUGUGAUUUCAGUUGAGGAGCAAUAGCAUAAGCAAGAGGUGUUGCUGUUGAAACCAGAUGGGUUGCAGUCAGGUUCAAAAUGAGUAGCUGCUAUCGGAACUGGUGCAGGGAUAAUGCAGGUUAUGAAGUUGCUACAAGAUAGUGGUGUUGUUACUUUGCAGCUGGAAUUAUGAGUAAACAAGUCAAGUACGAGAUGUUAAUGGAGCUGUUGAAGUUACAACUGAUGCAGUGAAGAAUAGAAAGCAAGACAGGG